AUGGACUUUCGUGCUGGUGCAGUCCAGGCGUGCGAGACGAUUGGGCGACUCGUGGAAGAACUGAACACCAAUAUUGCCUUGUACGAUGCAGCAGAACGAGCAUCUCUUUAUCAGAAUGAAGGCGACGCUGUCGAUAAACAUGUUUUAGACUUAUUUCUUGCAGAUUUCCGUCUAUCCGGUGUCCAUUUGAGGCACGAUCCGGCAAGACGGGACAGUUUUCUUAAUGCCGCUUCGGAAGCCAUCCAUCUCAGUUCAAAAUUUUCCCAGGUUCUUACUCUCAAUAUAUAUAUAUACAUAGUAAAAUUAGUCAACACGAUUUUUUAA